AUGAAGAUCAAAACCAUUAGUAGGAGUUCCGAUGACUAUGUGCCGGUGAAAAGUACCCAGGAAUCCCAACUUCCUCGUAAUCUCGAUCCUGCGCUGCAUCCAUUUGAGAGAGCUCGUGAAUAUACCAAGGCUCUUAACGCUACAAAGAUGGAGCGCAUGUUUGCCAAGCCAUUUGUGGGUCAACUUGGCUACGGCCACAGAGAUGGUGUUUACACGAUUGCCAAAAACUACAACGUCUUAAACAAGCUAGCAACGGCAUCUGCAGAUGGUGUGGUGAAGUACUGGAAUAUGUCUACAAGAGAAGAGGUGUGCUCGUUCAAAGCGCACUAUGGAUUGAUACAUGGCUUGUGUGUUACUCCUCAGCAAUUCUCGCCCAACAAAAAUGAAAAUUACAUGCUCUCUUGCGGUGACGACAGAACAGUCAAGCUGUGGUCGGUAAACACAGACGAUUUUUCUUCAAUAAAAAACGAUGAGGAACUGGUAAGUUCGGGGAGCGGUAUCAAGAAGACAUACCACGGAGAUCAUGCCUUUUUGGGACUGGACCAUCAUAGAUCGAAGCCCCAAUUUGUCACAGGUGGAGCUCAAAUCAAUUUAUGGGAUAUCAACAGAUCAAGACCUACUUCUAACUUAUCUUGGGGUGCCGACAACGUUUCUACUGUAAAAUUCAACCAGAACGAAACAGACAUACUAGCAAGUGCUGGCAGUGAUAAUUCAGUGGUCCUCUACGACCUCAGGACUAAUUCUCCAACUCAAAAGUUUGUUCAGAAAAUGAGAACGAACGCCAUUUGCUGGAAUCCUAUGGAAGCGUACAAUUUUGUUGUAGCCAACGAAGACCAUAAUGCUUAUUAUUACGAUAUGCGUAAUCUUUCUCGCGCGUUACACGUUUUUAAGGACCAUGUCAGCGCCGUCAUGGAUGUCGACUUCUCUCCCACCGGAGAUGAAGUAGUCACUGGCUCUUACGAUAAGACAAUAAGAAUAUAUCAGGUCAAACAUGGACAUUCCAGAGAAAUCUAUCAUACUAAGAGAAUGCAGCACGUUUUCCAAGUCAAAUACACAAUGGACAGCAACUACAUCGUUAGCGGUUCUGAUGAUGGUAACGUAAGGCUGUGGAGAGCUAAGGCCUGGGAAAGAUCUUCGGUCAAGUCCACUCGUGAAAAGAACAAACUAGAAUACGAUGAAAAAUUGAAGGAUAGAUUUAAGAAUUUGCCUGAGAUUAGACGGAUUAGCAGACACAGACAUGUUCCUAAGGUAAUAAAGAAGGCCGGCGAAAUCAAGCAGACUGAAAUCGACAGCCUCAAGAGGAGAGAGCGGAAUGAGCGUAGAACCAAUAAGGCUAUGGAAUUUACUUCAGAAAGGGAAAAGCAGAUAGUCGGCUUUGUGCACAAAUACAAAGGCGAGAAAGAUCAAGGAGAUAGGUCAAAGACUGAAUAA